AUGGAAGACCCCUGGGCCGACUCGGCGGCUGCAUCGGACCCUCUCGGCGGCUCAUCCACCCAGCAGAGCUCGGCAGACGAUAGCACGACGACGGCCGCUACCGGCGCUCAAGCCAUCUCCGGCAAUACACCGUCGACGGCCAAUUCCUCUUCCUCAAACCGCCCCUCGCGCCUCACCCCGCGCCGCUUCGUGGCCCAGCCCACCCGCCUCCAAGCCGUCGAAGAUGAUCCGCUAGGGCCUCUCGGUGCCGCCGCCACGGCCGCCGCCACCCCUCCGCUUCCGACGGACUCCUCUUCUCCUCCGGAAAUUGCAGGUCAAGAAGGUGGUCCUCCCGUCCCGCCGCUUAAGGAGAACAACCUACCCCUCCGCACCACGAUGCCACCGACCCCUGGAUCCGCCACUAGCGCCGGGAGGGCGUUCCGUACGGGGCCGCGUGACCCGCACCAGAUUGACGACGACGAAGAUGUUGAAGAUGGCGAUGGCGAGGGUGGGGGAGACGGUCAGAUAGGUGGCGGGAGGCCCGGGAGACAACCACCGCCGGUUCAAGCGGCGGUGCCGAGCUCAGUGAGGUCCGCGACGCACCCGAGCGUGAGCAUCGAGCAAGCGGCCAAGCCGAGCUUCCAGAUCUCGGUUGGCGAUCCGCACAAGGUGGGAGAUCUGACGAGCAGCCAUAUUGUGUACUCGGUCCGGACAAAGACGACGUCGAAGGCUUACCGCCAAAGCGAGUUCGAAGUCAAAAGACGGUACCGAGAUUUCCUGUGGCUGUACAACUCCCUGCAUAGCAAUAAUCCAGGUGUGGUAGUGCCACCGCCCCCUGAGAAACAGGCUGUAGGCCGAUUCGAGAGCAACUUUGUUGAGUCCCGGCGGGCGGCACUCGAGAAGAUGCUUAACAAAAUCGCGGCACACCCAACGUUGCAAUUGGAUGGGGAUUUGAAGCUGUUUCUGGAGAGCGAGGCGUUUAAUGUGGAUGUCAAACACAAAGAACGCAAGGAGCCGAGUCUUGGAGAGAGUAAGAGCGUGCUGGGAUCACUGGGCUUCGGUGUGGGAAGCGGGAAUAAGUUUGUGGAGCAGGAUGAUUGGUUCCAUGACCGCAAGGUCUAUCUUGAUGCGCUAGAGAACCAGCUCAAGGCGCUUCUCAAGGCCAUGGACAGUAUGGUUGCCCAGCGAAAGGCCAUGGCAGAGGCUGCUGGUGAUUUCUCAGCUUCCCUACACGCCUUGUCUACCGUCGAGCUGUCACCCACACUCUCCGGACCGCUUGAUGCACUCUCAGAACUGCAGCUCACGAUCCGCGACGUAUACGACCGCCAGGCACAGCAGGACGUGCUCACUUUCGGCAUCAUCAUUGAGGAGUACAUACGCCUGAUCGGCAGUGUUAAGCAAGCCUUCUCUCAGCGCCAAAAGGCUUUUCACAGCUGGCAUGCGGCCGAGUCGGAGCUCGCCAAGCGCAAGGCUGCACAAGACAAACUCCUGCGCCAGGGCAAGAGCCAGCAGGACCGACUGAACCAAGUGAAUGCAGAAGUGGCGGAUGCCGAGCGCAAGGUACACCAGACUCGCCUAUUAUUUGACGACAUGGGCCGCCUAAUGCGGUCUGAACUGGACCGGUUUGAGCGGGAGAAGGUUGAGGACUUCAAGUCUGGAGUGGAGACCUUCUUGGAGAGCGCCGUUGAGGCGCAGAAGGAGCUUAUCGAGAAAUGGGAAACCUUCCUCAUGCAGCUCGACGCUGAGGACGACGAGACGGUGUUUUACCGACCACCGGUCGUCCAGACAAACAAGCCAGCCGGCGACACAGCGGUGGACCGGGCGAGAGCGCGGAUUCAUGAAGACUCGGACUAG